GUAAUCUUCAAUCAAAAUGAGUUAUAUAAUUUAUAUACCUACACAGGCAGGCAAAAAAAAAAAAAAUCUUAACGGCCGCUAAAUUUUUUAGCCUGCAGUUUUCUUGCGGAGAAGUUGACUUAUCUCGCCCGCUGGCGGGAUAUCUCUGGUAUAUAGUUACAUAUAUAAGAAAAGAGUUCUUAGGAGGACUUUUCAGAUACCCCUCCUUUUCUUUUUCUUCUUUUUUUCUUUUGGAGAAGGUUGUCUUUUGUUUGGUUGGCGCUGUUGCUCAAAAGAAAAGAAACCAAAAAUGUGUCAAUCCCACUGGCAUGACUUUCUUCAGGGCCUGCCCAAAUGCGAACACCAUGUCCAUCUGGAAGGCUGCAUGACCCCAGAGUUGAUCUUCCAGUUGGCAGAGAAGAACCAGAUCAAACUACCAGACCCUGCGGAGAAUCCCGCCUACCAGUCCGCCGAGACGCUGCUCGCCCGCUACGGGAACUUUACCUCUCUGGACGAUUUCCUGAGCUUCUACUUUAUUGGCAUGAAUGUCCUCGUGCACGAAUCCGACUUUGAAGACCUGGCCUGGGCGUACUUCCAAAAAGCUCACGCCGACGGCGUCCACCACGCCGAAGUCUUCUUCGACCCGCAAGUGCACCAGGACCGCGGCGUAGCCUACCAGACGAUUGUCUCCGGGUUCACCGCGGGCUGUCGCAAGGCCGAGAAGGAAUUGGGUCUGUCCACCCGUCUCAUCCUUUGCUUCCUACGGCAUCUCCCCGUGGAGUCCGCAGCACAAACAUACCAGAAUAUUCUUACCCACAACCAUUUCGAGAAUGACGUCGUCCACGGACUAGGAUGGUCCUCCACUGAAGUCGGCCCGCCCAAGGACAUGUUCCGCCAACUGUACGCCCAGGCCGCUGCCCAGGGCGUCCGCCUGACAGCGCACGCAGGCGAAGAGGGGGAUGCGUCGUACAUCAGCACAGCGCUCGAACUGGGUGCACAGCGCAUCGACCAUGGGAUUAACCUUGUGCAAGACCCUGUGCUGAUGGAGCGCAUAGCCCGGGACGGUGUGAUGCUCACGGUGUGCCCGAUCUCGAAUGUGCAGCUGCGGUGCGUGGACUCGAUCGAUCAGGUUCCGAUUCGCGCGUUCCUGGACGCCGGGGUCAAGUUCUCGAUUAACAGUGACGACCCGGCGUACUUUGGCGGGUAUAUUCUCGAUAACUACUGUGCGGUGCAUGAGGCGUUCCAGCUGACUUUGGCGGAGUGGAGGACGAUUGCCGAGAAUAGCGUGAAGGAGAGCUGGAUUGAGGAGGAGCGGAAGUUGGAGUUGCUGGAAAGAAUUGAUAGACACUUCCUGAAGCAUGCGGGUCUUGUAUAGGUAGAAUAAAUGAAUGAUUUGAUUGAUGUACUGUAUGUACUGUACUGAGUGUCCAGUCCAUGUUAGUGGGAUGUAGCUCUUUGGCCGUCACGCGGAGUUUUCUGCUCUGGAUUAGCAAUGGAUUCAAUUGAUUUCAGAACGACGGUUCAUUUCCAAUCAUAAUCAAGCCCUUUCCCCCCCAAGAUUCAAGAGUAUUCAUCAGUUGUCG